GCGGUGUUGAUUCUUUUCAAAGACGCUCCUCACCGGUCUAUCGCCGGAGCUUGAAACUGUUCCAUGGCAGAUUAUUCGUAUGAGGAAGAGUGUAAAUACUAAAUACCUUUUCAAGGCAGUUCUGACUGGCGACUCGGCGGUCGGGAAAUGCAGAUCGAAGCUUCUGUCGAGGUUCUCGAACGAUGAGUUGUCGAGGUUGUCGAAACAUGAGUUCCGAUUGGAUUCUAAACCGACCUUAGGAGUCAAAUUCGCUUAUAGGAAUGUUAAGAUUUCACACAAGAUCAUCAAGGCUCAAAUAUGGGACACCGGAGGUACUCUUGGAUAGAGGGAUAACAAUUACAAGGCUGAAUGAACUCAAAAGAAUCUCAUCUCUGCUCUAGCAACAAAUGGGCAAAGGGCUAAUGCCCUUGACAUAUAUGAAGAAAUCAAGCAAUCUGGAGGUUAAAGCUGUUUUAUCUUUCAUUGUAAGUUCUCAACUGCACCUCUGUAUCAGUUUUCUUUUAUGGUGGUGAUUUGCUUGAGCAACUCAAGGACAAGUUUUGUGAUCAUGGUUGGCUGCUGAACUUUUUGAUCAGAUUUAUUACAAGACUCAUCUCAAUGCUGUUUGUCUUUAUUAGAAUUAUUACAAGACUGGAGUAUAUCCAUGCAGUAUUAGUUUUGGUUCUGCCCACCCUUGACAAACUUACUACAUUGAAUUCCAGCUUUGUGGUUCCAUUAUCUUGAUUGAGUAGGCAUUAGCCAUUAUUGCCCAGCAGAUGUGUGGUUUGCAUGAAUUUGCUACAAGCCAUAAAGAAUGACAUGGGCAUUUGCCUUUGUCGACAUGUCCUGACAUGGGCAUUUGCAAUGCUCCAGUAAUUCAUGCUCUGAAAAUUUCUAUUUUAAAUAAAGCAUUAAUUUUUUU